GUGGUCCUGGGCGAAAAACACCGUCCACAAAACCAACCGACGGGGCAACUUUAUGUUUUUGAUACAGUCCUUUUAAUCUCCAAAACAAAACCAUGAGACUCCGGAAUUGACACGAAAUGUCGCUAAGAAAUGAAGUGACGGGUUUGACUUGUUUGUUGUCGGGAAUAAAAAAAGUUGGGAACUACGAGGUGAAAAUGGAGAGGCCAGCUGAGUGAGAGUGGGGUGAGGAGGCUGGAUCUGGAUCUGGAUCUGGCAGAGUUGGGAGUCCUGCCCUGCUGCUAGCAGGCUAGUUAGCAUGCUCACACACUUCGCUCUCUCCGAGAAGUAAUGAGAGUUUCCCUCCAGCCUGUGAUUCUCCAGGGGAGCUGUUUUAUCUGUGGCAAGACCGCUGCUGACAUUGCAACUUCCCCCGAUGGAUCGGAGCGUAGUUGAUGAUCUUAUUUUCUAUAGGAGUUCUGCCUGAAUUUUUCUGUAUUUCUCCUAAAGGCAACCACCCUUAAACUUAUUUCAGAGAUCCUCUCUCCCUCCCCCUUGCCUUGAUCAAUCAUCUGUGUCCCGUGAGCAUCCAUACUAUCUGCAUUCAUGCAGUUUCUGAUCUGAGAUGGGGCCCUGACAGGCUCUUCCAGGGACUGGAGGUACCCCCCCCCCUUUACAGGACAGGCCUGUAAAAGAAAAGAAAAGUGCACCAAAAAGACAAGCAGUAAUACUGAUCAGCACUUGCUGAUGGAGCUGAGACACAAAACGUGCUUGCCCAGAAAAUAUUCAUGAACUCUUGGACUUUUUAAACGGGACUUAAGUGGAUGUAUGGGGUGUAUUCAUGAAGUGUGACUGCUGAUGCCAGCUCAUUGGGACUUGAGUGGGUGUAAUCAGCUUUAUUCAUGAACCCUCUGUCUGAGUCUGGGUACAGCCUGGAUGUUGGAUGCCCUGGGUGUGUUGAAUCAGCUGUUGCGGUGAUGAGGCAGGGCUCCUGGUGGCCUGUGUGGCUGGCUGGGCAGGGGCCCAAGGUGAUGUGAUGGGGUGCAGGAACAGUAAGGUCCUCCCUGAGCCUCCAGGGGAUGUUCAGUUGGACCUGGUCAAAAAGGUUGAUCCUCCCCAACCUCAGCAGACAGAUAUCUAUAAGCACUUCAUACGAGGGGAUGGUACGAGGAGCAAGAUGGGCGGGGCCGGUGGAGGAGGAGGAGGAGACAAGGCUGGCUCCACCUCCCCGUGUCAGGCCCAGGCCGCCACUCCCACCGCCUCCUCCCAGCCCCCCAAGGACCCGUCAGACCUGUCCGACCCUCAGCGGAAGAAGGUGGCAAAAUAUCGAGCCAAGUUCGACCCGCGGGUCACCGCCAAGUACGACAUCAAAGCUCUGAUAGGUCGGGGGAGUUUCAGCCGGGUGGUUCGCGUGGAGCACAAGAGCACGCGGCAGCCGUACGCCAUCAAGAUGAUCGAGACCCGUUACCGCGAGGGGAGGGAGGUGUGCGAGUCGGAGCUGUGCGUUCUGAGACGCGUCCGCCACACGAAUAUAAUCCAGCUGAUGGAGGUCUUCGAGACGGCGGAACGCGUCUACAUGGUGAUGGAGCUGGCCACCGGGGGAGAGCUCUUUGACCGCAUCAUCGCUCGCGGGUCCUUCACGGAGCGGGACGCCACGCGGGUGCUGCAGAUGGUGCUGGACGGCGUCAAGUACCUUCACACUCUGGGGAUCACGCACCGGGACCUGAAGCCGGAGAACCUGCUCUACUACCACCCCGGAGCCGACUCCAAGAUCAUCAUCACCGACUUUGGGUUGGCCAGUAGCAGGAAGAAGGGGGACGAGUGUUUGAUGAAGACCACCUGCGGCACACCGGAGUACAUCGCCCCUGAGAUCCUGGUGAGGAAACCCUAUACGAACGCUGUAGACAUGUGGGCGCUGGGGGUGAUAUCGUACAUCCUGCUGAGCGGAACCAUGCCCUUCGAGGACGACAACCGCAUGAGGCUGUACCGGCAGAUCCUCAAGGGGAAGUACAGCUUCUCUGGAGAGCCGUGGCCCAGCGUGUCCAACCUGGCCAAAGACUUUGUGGAGCGGAUCCUAACGGUGGACCCCAGCGAGCGGCUCACGGCCGGCCAGGCCCUCAAGCACCCGUGGAUCGUCAGCAUGGCCGCCUCGUCGUCCAUGAAGAACCUCCAGCGCUGCAUAUCUCAGAACCUCCUGAAGCGGGCGUCCUCGCGCUGCCACAGCACCAAGUCGGCCCAGUCCACUCGCUCCAGCCGCUCCAACAAAGCCCGGCGGGUACGAGAGAAGGAGCUGCGGGAGCUGAACCGCCGCUACCAGCAGCAGUACAAUGGCUGAAACAGUACUGGACUCUAUGUACCUUUUAUAGGGGGAAACAGCACUACAGUGACUCUUUUACAAUGACUACCACCAUUCAAAGUUGCUGCCAAUGUUGGAGGCCAAAAUGGUUUCAAGUCCCAAAUCAUUGCCUUAAAAAACAAACAAAUGACUUCAUCGCUACUAGCAAAAGUAGAGUUUGAGAAGUAAUGCUGCCAGUGGAGGAUUCCUUUGGCAGUGUGUCUCUAAGACCCCGUUCACACGAGGACGGUCUGAACAGAAGACGCAAAAGUGGCGUCGCGUCUUCACUUUUUAUUCCUCGUUUAGACGAGCGUUUUCGGGAGGAAAUCUGCUGCAUACGGUGACGCAAAAGUGUGAGAAAUUGGAUUGUAUGCAGCCAGGCGGCAUCACUUAAAGCCAUAAGAGCAUCUUUGGGCAUGCAGAAGUUUUCACGCCACACAUUUUCAUCAGCUACUCCUUCCACAAAGUUC